AACCGGGCAGUGCUAUUGGAUGCUAUUUCGAUGCUGUUCCGUAAAGGAUUAUUCACACGGAUGCUGGUUAAGACUUCACGGUCAGUGCUCAUGAUUGUUGUGUAAUUGUUGUCAGCUGGUUUCACCUUCUUCCUUGUAUAACGGGUCUUAAAUGGGGAGAUUUGCAGUAUCUUCCAACAUAUUUUCUGUGAGAUUUUGUGUGGUACGUUUCGACUAACAUCUCACAGGCCUUUUCCGAUUUAAGUAGAUUGAUUUUAUUUAUUCUGUUUUGAACUUUAACAAUUCUGGUAACUCGGCUGCACCACAAGGAAACAGAAAUGAAUAUGUACGAGACGAAAAAAAUGAGUCCUGAAGAGGAGGAGUGCAUACAGGAGCUGAGGAAAAGAUUUGAAAAUGAAAUGAAACCAGAAUAUUUCAAUGAUGACUCGCUUUUCCUGCGAUUUCUCAGAGCAAGAAACUGCAACCUAAAUAAAGCUGAAGACAUGUUAAGGAACCAUAUAGAAUGGCGUGAAAAAAACGAUAUUGAUGACAUUGAAAUGUACAAGCCUCCUGAGGUGGCCAAAUAUUUCCCAAUGAGUUUGAUAGGGUUCGAUAAAACAGGCUCGCCGAUUCGAUACCUUCCUUUUGGAAAUAUGGACGCUAAAGGUUUGUUAAAAUCUGCCAAGAAACAUGAUUGCGUAAAAUCUGUGGUGCAGCGUUUGGAAUCAGAUGCAGUAAGAAUGAAGGAGAAAAGCAAAAAGAUGGGGCAAAAUAUAGAUCAGUGGAUUUAUAUUUUCGAUUUCGAAAAUUAUACUUUUGCGAAAGCUACUCAUAAGCCAACUUUGCAAAUGCUAGCCUAUCUGAUGAUGACUUACGAGGCACACUACCCGGAGAGGUUAAAAUUAGCGUUUGUCGUGAAUGCUUCUGUAUACUUUACGCUAAUCUUCAGUGUUGUGAAGCCUUUAUUUACUGGAGCAACUUUGAAUAAAAUCAAAAUAUUUGGAAAAGAUGGAUGGAAGGAGGAACUUCUGAAACUUAUUGAUCCAGAAGUUCUUCCGGUGUCUCUGGGUGGCACAAGAACAGAUUCAGAUGGAGACCCAAGGUGUUCAGCAACGAUAAAUCAAGGUGGUCCAGUUCCUGCAUCAUACUAUUUCCGUAGUAAUACUCGUCGUCUGUGUUACCAGCCUGGCGUAAAGAAACUUAACGUAUCUAGAAUGUCCAAAGUGAAUGUCGUUCUGGACGUCGACGAACCAGGAUCUCUAAUUGAGUGGGAAUUCGAAACAGAGAACAAAGACAUUGGUUUUGGCCUUUAUUUCCAGUCUUUAGAUUCUCUGCAAAACAAACCAAAAGAGCUUAUUCCAAAGCAAAGGGUGGAAGCCCAUGUUGCAUGUGAAACAGGAAUGUACCAGUGUGAAGUUCCUGGAACUUACAUUCUGAUGUUCGAUAAUACAUACAGUUGGUUGCAACAGAAAGAAAUAUUCUGCCGUGCCGUUGUUGUGAGGCCUACUGGAGAAAAAAUACCAGUUCUGCAAUAGCUUGAAAAUUUGGUUUUCAUGUUUUCAUCAGAUUCUGCGAUGUUUUCAGACAAAACAAACUUUUAUUCAGUCAUUUUUCAUCAUACUUCGGAUUUGAUUUUUGUCAUUUUGUGUCAUGCAUUUUUGUUUUGAAAAUGCAUUCAUUGUUUUUUACGUAUAUAGUUCAUAGCAGGUGUUUUAUGCAUACAAAGCGAAACAUUAUUUGAAGUUCAGAAAAUGAGCCAAUUAAGAAAGGUUUUCGAUGGGUCAUUUUGAAUAAAAAAACAAGCAUUCUUUAUCUCAGGAAAAAAUUAUUUUUUAUCAAAGUAGUUGCUUAAACUGUGACACAAAAAAGUGCUGAGAGCAGUUUUUGGAGUCAAUCAAUUUAUUAUUUU